AUGUCGUUGGAGCUGCCGGCAGUGAAAGAUUUGGUACAGAAAGCCAAGUCCGUCGUUGGCUGCAGCACGACUACGCAAACUGUCAACGUUCACAACAGCCCCCUGAAUGGCUUCAUUGGUUCCCUCGCUGGAUUGGAGAAGUUCAAGAAUAACAGACCGCAGGUGUGUGGCGCUGCUUCAAUCGUGCCUGUCGGCCCUGGAGGGACCUUGGCUGCCUUCUGCGCGGCCGGUGUCAUGACCGUGGAGGAUGGCCUGAGGCUUGCAAAGGUGGCAGAAGAGGCCGCCGCGGAGCUAGCCUCGUCUGGCAAGAAGCAGCGUACAAUUUGUGUCACCGGCUUCAAGAAUGCCUUGGUGUCCACGUUGUGCAAGCAAGCUGCUGCAAAGGAGGACGGAGGUGCGUGCUCAAUCGCGGCUUUCAUAUCUCGAGACACAUUCUUCGUUUCUGGAACGGAGCCUGCCAUCAGCAGCUUCGAGAAGCUUGCCAAAGCAAGCUCUGGUCAUUGUGAGGUAUCCACCAAGGGCGACCUCGGCUUUUGCAGCUCUUUGAUGCAGACGGUGCAGGAGAAGCUGAAUGAAUCAUUGGAUGCACUGCUGCACAACCUGAAGCCACCAACGACUGCGGUCUGGAUGACAACAGAAGCCAAGAUCCUUCGACCGGGUGCAGAUCCUGCGGAGAUCCUGGGGGUCUUAAAGAGGCUCCUGACAAGCCCAUUGCUCUAUGACCAGUGCAUGAAAGCCGCCCUCAAGGAUGGCGUCCGUGAGUUCUAUCAUUGCAACGCAACGCAGAAGAUGGUCGUCGAGAACAUAUCGGACGAGAUCCUGGAACGUCAUCGAUGCGACGAUGAAUGCUGA